AGCAGGAAAAAUCAAAAUCAGAUUGAACAUCUGCAGCUUUCAAAGAAUUUUAUAUUGACUGGCUGCUCCCCGAAUAGAAUAUGUGCCGCGCAUGAUCUCCUCAUAAAGAUAAAUUUUCAACAUCUGACCACUUUUCAUCACAUAUAAAACGUUACUUGUUCAUCCAUUCAAAGAAGCAGUUGUUUAGGGGGAGUGUAUGAUUGUAUUUGUGACGUGAAUUUUUGCCACCAUCUAAUGUCUUCGUUGCUGAUACUUCAGCGUAUAUAAUGUUCUCACUCAUGCUUGAUCAUGCUGCUGCCCUACUACAGAGCAAGUAGAUGCUCGCUAGAAAUGAGAACGACCACGGCUGCUCGUAGUUAGUGUCGUAAUUAUGUUGACAGGAAGUUUCUCGUCUCAUCUGUGCAAUAGUUUUUUCGACUAUCUAAGGGUAGCAAGGUUAUUUUGGCUUGUAGUUCUUGUUUGUAACCACCUCCACCACGCCUCGUGGAUGUGCUGGUUCAAGAGGUUUUUAUUCCAAGAACCACUUUAUUAAGACUUUCUACUAGCGCCAGCUGCAAGCACUAUAUUAUAAUUAUAAUCAAAAAAAAAAUGGCGUUUCCACCUCCAGGAGGCUUUCUUGGUGGUUUACCAGGUAUGAUACCCAAUGGGAUGCCCAAUGGUGCACCUAAUCCUGGUCUUCCUCACGGGAUGAUGCCUAAUGGGAUGGGAAUGACACCUCCUGGGGGAAUGCCGGCGUUUCCUAACAUGAUGACGAUGACCCCUGGAGGAAAUCCUGCUGCUCUGGGAGGCAUGGGAAACAUGGUCGGAGGCAUGCCAAACAUGGCCAACAUGGCGGCAAAUAUGGCAAACAUGGCGGCAAAUAUGACUGUGAAUAAUCCAUUACUCAAUGCUGGAGGUAUGGGGAAUCCUAUGUUGAUGAACCCUUUGAUGAUGGGCCAUAUGAUACCUACAGGAGUUGGAGCAGUAGCGACACACACACCGCUCCCUGGUGUUCCUCCAGCACCACAGCCACCAGCUACCAGUACUGCUUCUGCUUCUGCUGGUAGUAGUACAAGAACAUCGGUGCUCCCUCCUGGAAUGAAUGGCGGAAUGAAUAACAGUGGAGUUGGACCUGCAACUACAGGAGGUCUACUUCCGGGUGCUAAUAGUAGUACUCCGAAUUUAAACGCGGCUUCGGUACCAAAGUCAGCACCACCGGCACAUCUAGACGCAAAGAACACUUCCACAGGAACAUUAGGAUCAAUAGGAAAUAUUAAUGCAGGAGGUGCAACUUCUUGUAGCAUAGCUGUGGGACCCCCACCAAGUACACCCGCCACCAAGGACAAGGUUGUAAAGGCGUUAUUGUGUGUAUCGAGGAUUCCAGAAGGAAUAUCAGAUGCAACGUUGAAGGGGCUGCUUGGUGCAUGCGGCGAAGUGAAAGAGUGGACGCGACAAAGCAAUCCGAUAACGAAUAAUUAUGAGUUGUGGUUUUCUUGUUGAAGUGUUUUUUUCUUACAUUCUUGCAAAGAAAUUUUCCGUCAUAGCAGCGUAGUCUUUUUGCCUAUACAAUGAAUACAGUAACGAGUUUGAAUGAUAUGACGUGAUAUUUUAUCUUCCUCGCCUACAGAGAGAUCCUCUCUUCUUCUUCUCGUCCUCUAACCUAUAUUGGCGAAAUUCGCGUUGUGUGAAUUCUCCGACAUGCGUGGUCUUAGCCAUGCGAUGACGUUUUUAUCAGGAGAGCAUAGGGCGUUUUUAUCCGAGGAGAUGAAGCUGACUGGUUCCAACCUGCAACUUCGCGUUGACGAGGACGCAACACCGGAGCUAGAAAAGUUUCGAAAGGCAGAGCGAGCACGUUUCCGCAAGGAAAACCCCACACUCUGUGUGCGCAUAGUGCACCAAAAACGAGAAGGAGUCGUGGAUGUUGAAAACGAGAUGAAGGAAGGGGAGCAGCAGAAACAAGAGUCCGACGCGGCUGUCGAAGAGCCCAUCACAGAUGAGGAAGUGGACGUUUUCCUGUUAGAUGAGUUGGCAGGGGUUAGACAGGAGAUUCGUUUAAAAAUCGACGAAGCAAAUGCGGAGUAUGAAGCCGAAUUGGCGUCUAUAAGUCCCGAAGAAAGAGAAGAGCGGACGCGCAAGGCUGCCGAAGCAGAGAGGGAAUGGGAUGCUAGGCUGAAACGGAUGCAGGAGGAGAAAAAGCAAGCUGAGGAAGCAGCUGCGCGAAAGAAAAGGGACGACGAAGAAAGGGAAGAACGGAUCCGGAAAAAAGAUGCCGCAGAAGACGCCAAAAAACGGCAGAAAGGAGCAGGAGGCGUGCUGUCUGCGAAUUAUAGACCGCAUCGGAAGGUAUUGAAGCCAAGGCUUUCUCGUUCUCUAAAAAAGCAGGGUUGACAAUUUCUCAACGACUUCUUUCUACAACGCGACUCUACUGAUGACAACUACUACAAGUCUUCAUCUUAUAAGUACUCACUUUUAGCUACUUCAUCUUUUAUACAACCAUUACCACGACAUCAAAUCACAGGAGCGAGAGCGGGAAGAUAGGUACGAGGAAGAGAGGAGGCGACAGGUUAGGGAAGAUGAGUUUGCGAUACGGAAAUUCGAAAAGCAGGAGGACAAGGACUUGAAAUCGUUUCAAAAGUUGCUUCUCAGUCUCCGAGUAAUAGAAACUGUAGAUGGAAAUGUCACACCAAUGUUGACUCCCGGAGAAGAUGGUAUUAAUUUCAGCAUAAGUAAAAGUACUUUAUACUCAGCAUUACUACUUGCAUACGAAGUAGUACGUGUUUGAAUUGGUGGUAAAUGGAAAUUGUUUUCGAUGUCUUCCAUUCUUUGGUCUAAGAUUGUUGUUAUUUGACGUCUCGGGUACUCUCGCUUGAUUUUUCCUUUCCAGCUCCAUCGGAAACUAAAAAAGGCACCUCCGAAUUAGUUCCUCGCAGCGACGCCGCCUAUACGCGACAAGUGAAGUACCAGCUGGACCAAGACACCAAGGUGAUGACAGCGCCAAGAGGACGCCGACGCGAAGUUUUCGAAGGUCUGACGGAGCGGGAAAAGGAAUAUCUAAAACGGGAGAAGGAGAAGGAUGACGAAGACUUCGCGGCUGAGAGGGCAGAACGCGAGAAGGAAGAGGCAGAGCGAAUGCGAGAGGAACAAAGAGCAUUAGAGGAACGAAUGAAGUUGGAGGAAGAGAGACGGGCACGGGAAGCGGUUGAAAGAUUGACAAAAAGGUCGUCCAGGAGUCGGAGUCGAAGCAGGAGGAGAACAAGGGAUCGAUCAAGAAGACGGGGAGAAAGUUAAGGCCAACAUAGUAAAUUCUUUUUCAUUACAGCACUUCGACUAGACCAUCAUGGUCCAUGUAGACUUCUUAGUGAAAAAUUUUACUCUCGUAUGUUGAAAAUGUGUUUCUUCCGUCUACAGCUUUCUAAUAUCCACACGACGAUCGAACCGAUGGUGAUAGAAACAAGGACAGAGAGGAUGCAGGAGACAAAGCUUCUUCUUCGACAGUGGUGAAGAAAGAUCUGAGUGCCGUUAUUCAGACGAUUCCAGAAGGAUCCGCAGUUUUCGGCUACCGAAUAAACUGGGCUGUGUUGGAGAAGCACAAUCUUCUAGAAAAUAAGGUACAACUCAUCUUGAUGAAGAUUUGCAUCUCUUGAUAAAUAAGCACUUUCUGAGUAUUUGUUCGCUUCUACUAUGACAACAUAAACAUGGUCUUCUUGCAGCUCUUACGAAAUUGUUAACAGCUACAUGAAGAUCUAGUCUUUAUACGCUUAUAUAUAAUGGUACUUUAAUAUCGUCUAUCGACCACUUUAUUCGAUGGAUAUUAGAUUUUGAUCUUCUUUUUAACCACAAUCCUUCCUUUUAACAAUCCUUCGAUACAAUCCUGCGAUACCAGGUCCAGCCUUGGAUAUCGAAGAAGGUCAAGGAGUUGUACGAUAAAGAGGAAAAGGGUGUCAUAGACUACAUCUUCAACACGGUUUUGAAGGUUCGGGAUGGCAGCAUAACGACUGAUGACAUGCUAAGGGAGCUUGAAAAAUUUUUAGACGAGGAAACGCAAAAUCUCUGUAUUAAGCUCUGGCGAGUGAUCAUUCUCUUCUCUCUGCAGUACGCUGACGCUAGUGACGAGUAGCGGAGAACACUGGGAUUAGGUUCUACAGAAAGCAGAAAGUGAGACUCAUGGGACCAUCGUCAGGCGACGCUGCUAUUCACACACUCACAAAAUCACACCUUCAGAAUGAACAUUCCACGCAAGAAUACAAUAUGUAGGUUUUUUACGAAUCUCAAUUAUCCCAAGAACGGUUUCUCUAUCUCUCUAAGUUUACCUACCUGGAAGACCCUGUUUCGAGAGUUCCCAGAAAUCAAUAUAUGCGCAACUGUUUUGUUAUGCGAAGUUGGCUCUACUGCUGCUGACGUUGAUCUGAUGUUGUCGUCGCAAAACGACCGGUCUUCUGCGACCUGAUGCAGCAACACACCGUUUUUAUACAGAUGCGC